UUCGAAUAGCUUUCUUCAAUUGUUUCUGUCGAAUAUCCUGUAAGACAGCAACUGGGUCACAGCUCAAGUGCCGGGUCCACUGAGGACGAAACACUGACAGCGGCCCGCCCCGAGCACCUCAAGCCUGAUGGCUGAAAUCGCGGACGACGGCUGGCAUCUCGUAGUUGCACACCCAGCAACUGAGAUCCGCGAAGAGAAGCAGAUAGAGUAUUGGGAGAGAUCGAAAGGGCAUUGGUCUGGAUGUGGAAAACAUCCUGAUGCGACACAAUGGACAGAUCACAAAGCGAUCAAGACUUACGGUCGAGAGCUUGGGAUUGGGAGCUAUGGCAUUGUGGAGCGUAUCACAUAUAGAACUGUCACGAUGGCAAGGAAAUGUGUCAAGCCCAGACGUGGAAUGACAGUCGAGCAGCUCCGAGACGAAGCCAACGCCAUGGAACGUCUAGCGCAUAAACAUAUCUUAAAGCUAGUCGGCACAUACACUGCCAAAAGGAAUAAUCUCUACCUCCUCUUGUACCCUGCCGCAGUCUGCGAUCUGAGUAAAGUCAUUGAAGACAUCGACGAGAUCCGUUCUGGGCUUGCUGCAGACCAGGAGGAUGCGUUUCAAAGACUACAAACGUUAGGCUUGAGAGACGUUGGCACAAUUAACGAUUUACCACUGUUGAGAUGUGCACCGCAGACUGCCGAUGGAUAUUCGCCCGCAAGUACUGCUAUAGGGUUCUUGCAGCAGAUCCUUGGGUGCAUUACAGAGGCGUUGGCGUAUUGUCAUGAGAAAGAGAUACGACAUCGCGAUCUAAAACCGAAGAAUAUACUACUGAAUCCUGGGAGGGUAUAUCUAGCCGAUUUUGGGAUCGCACGAGAUGUCAGAGAUGCAGAUGAUAGUAUUACUAGUGGACGAUGCGGCACCCUUUCGUGGAUCGCGCCAGAAGUGUAUGAUGGUGGUGAAGACUACAGUAUGUCUCGUGCUGACAUCUGGUCGCUCGGUUGUAUAUUUUUGAAUAUCGCCACUGUCAUAUACGGAGAAACGUUAGAGCGAUUCGAGCACAUCAUGAAGGAGAAGGAUUGGAAGUUGAAGUACGAAAUGCUCCCGAAUUACCUAGAGGAGCUUCGGACGAAAGCUAUCUCUGCAUCUCUAGAGAACGAGGAUAAUCCGAACCUCAAUUGCAAGCACAUUGUUUCUUUGAUCGAUCAAAUGCUUCAGUAUGACCCGUUAAAGAGGCCAAAGGCUAAAGUGGUUAAUGAGAGGUUACUGGAGUUCGGAGGCUUGGAUCAGAUCUAUCAUCUCUCGUGCUGCCACAAGAAAAACCGUCAGAUUUCUCAAGUGAUCAACAACAAAUUAAAAGCAGUCCACGACAACAGCAUCGCCUCAAACACGAUGCUAGCACAAAUGAAAGCCGAUCUUGUAGCUAAACAAAAGCGCAUCGAGGAACUCGAAUCCAUCAACGGGACCUGGCAACAACGAAUAGAAAAAGAACGGAAGCAUGCAGGUGAGCAGUAUAAAGCUCUCCAGGAAAAGCAUAACCACGAAGUCGAAGUUCGCAAAAGUCUUGAGUCUCAACUGAAGAGCAUGCAAAAGCUAUCGCGCAGACCUGGGUCCCAGAAUAGAGGCCGAGGGAGAGAUCUGAGCCAUCUUCAUAUCAGUUUCCAUGCCAAUGUUACCUCAAAUGUCAUAGCGAAUGGUUCUAUCAACGGUAACACGGCGAAACAGACCCCUACUGGCAGCUAUAAUUCAAAUUUUGCUCCUCCCCCACGCCGCCAAAGCAGAGUCCCAAUUCCAACCAGACCGGCAACACCUAUUUCUUCAACAACCGUCCCCUCCACAACACCAAUCCUUCUUAAAACUACAGCACCAGCCCACACACAGGCGCAGUUUCCAAGAACGCCCGUCCGCCCAUCCCUCCCCAGAGACCCAGACAGCACAACUAGCACAUUACGUAGCUCCUUCCACUCUACAUUCUCAAAGGCGAGUCUCCAGACGAACGAUUCGAUGAGUUCUGUGAGCUCAGAGACCGUGAGGAGCAUGUCACCUGAGAGUCCUAUUGGUAGGAGGCGAGUGUCUUCGUCAAGCAAGGAAGGGGCAAUGCCGCUGCCAUUGGCAAUGGUGAAGGCGAAGAGUGACGGGGAGACAUUGAAGCCGGAAGGUGGUGGUGGAAAGCCGAGCUGGGCGAAGAUGGUAGCGAGGUCAGCGUCGAAGGUGUGAAGAUGAUGCGACUCGUAAAUGAGAAAGGAUUAUCUGAGACCUCGCACACCUCCGGAAAGGAAGAGGUAUAUUCCCAUGGAAGCUGAGAAAAUAGGCCCCGCACAUAUUGAGCUGAGUUGGAGGUUCCUAAGAUGGAGAAAGGGAGAUAUCGAAUGAGCUGAAAUACGAGACGCCAAAGAUAGCAUCGAGUGUUACGUCCGUAUGCGGCCCCAGAAGCCCGUUACCGCAUUUACUACUGGUUCUCCUGGAUAGCUCUGGCGAAGUGAAGAGCUGUGAGGAGGAAUGACACGUCUGGGGAAGCGCGACGAGCAAGGAGCAGAGACGUAAAUACGAGGGAAGGUAGAGUCAAUGGGCCUCAACUGACGUGUAAAGUCAUAUCAUAUCCUCGGCCCAGACAUCAAGAAAUAUACACGCUUUUGCCAAGAAAUCCUGAAUGGUCAAAGAAUUUAUAGAGUUUAUCCAAACUGAUAAGUCUCAACUGGCCACAGAAUUGACGGCAGUACAUGCCUUCGCACCCGUGCUCUGCAACCAGUCGUCAUGUACGCAGAGAAUACUGAUACUUGAGCAGGACCUGCUUUGUCUCCUGCAUUGUCCACUCUGAGCUAUGAUUUCGAUAGUCAAGAUUGGAAAACCAGUACCUGCCAUGCGUGGUGGCAUGCAGAAAAUAGCCGUAUGAGGGUUUCCGAGAGAACCGGUGUGCGGUCGAUUCUCGUGUAUGGUUGUGAAAAUACGAGUGAUCAUCAAUCGACUGUUGGAUAUCCCUCGACACCGCCCGGAGAGCGAGUGAAAAGUGAAGUCGCCUGCGAAUUAACAAGUAGUGUUCGGUCCAGCAUCUAGAUGGUUCACAGCUGGCAGAAACUGUGUAGUCUGCCGGAACAACUCGACAGCCUGCAUAUCUAGCAGAGAGAUGGCUCCUAGAAGGGAUUCUAGUGGUACAGCAACCCUCUGGCUGGACUCGCUUUGGUGGCCCCUAUGAUUGUACACUGCUAUAACCGGUCUAUUCCCUAGAUGAGUGAUCAAAUCGCUCAUUUUAUAGAUCGGAAGCGCUGGAAUAUCUUUCGAGCCAGGGCUCAUAUCGUCCGAACAUUCUCGAAGCUGAACAGUAAAGAUGAUAUAAUUGCUAAAACUAAAAGAAUGGCUUCGCCUUGACAUCUCCCUCCCCUAGAUUUCCCAAGUUCCAAUUAUUCUCCACCGCAGAGAGAGCACUAUAGUGGUUGAAAGCAGUGUCAUUCUUGGUUCCGCGCAGAGCGACAGGGACGGCAUCGCCGAGUAGGACGGAGAAGACUUUGUUGCUGCUGAAGUAGUCCUCUGUUUCGUCGAAGCCUGGUGUGUGUUAGUACAUUACAUGUAUGGAUGCUUUCUGAAGGCCAUGGGGUUCAGGGAAAAGAGACGUGGGAAUGGAAACAUACUCAAGAGAAUGAGAGUUCUUUCCAUGAAGUUCUUGUUGGUGAGGAGGGGUUGGAGAAAGGACUUUGCCCAUGAUCCAGCGACUGUGAUAGAUGAGUCGUGGCCAUCGUUCG